AAACUAAAAAUUACAUGAAAUGUUUUAUAAAUUGCGUUAAGAUUUCAGUAUUGAACAUAUUCUUACAAUAUAAGUGUGCUUCUAUAAAAGUUUGCGCUAACCAUGAGAUAUUCACUAUUAAUUUUGGUCGUUCUUUUAUCUGUGGAGCUUAAUCGAGCCGAAAUAGCAGAUAUUCUUGCAAGUGGCAUAUUCGGUCCCAAGAAAGCCGACCUAAUAUCAUGCUAUAGCUGUUACAAUAUAUCAGAUGUGGGAUGCAACGAUGUCUAUCCCAAUAGCACGGAUUUAAUACAAACAUGCGAAGAAGGAACCAAAGGAUGCCUAAAAAGGCUAUAUUUCGAUGGUAAAGAUACAGUAUUGUCACGCAUGUGUUAUAAGGGCCCUACGAAACUUAUCAACGACUAUAAAUGCACGGGCCUUCAAUACAAUUAUGCCAUUCAAAAAUGUUACAUAUGUUCCGGUAACUUGUGUAAUGGCAGUAACUCAAUGUUUGCCAAUCGUAGUUUCGUUUAUGGGAUCUUUUUAGUAUUUUGUACAUUAUUGUGUCAAUUUCUUUAAUAAUUUGCCAAUCCUAAUUUGGUUUAUGGGAUAGUUUUAGUAUUUUGUAUAUUACUGAGUUAAUUUUUAUAAUAAUUAUCAGAUGCAUAAUAUUGUCACACAAUUUUGUUGGCAAUUAUUGAAUAAGACCAAAAUUGUUUUAACCCAAUUUUAUAUUUAAUUUCUCAACUACAUUGCUAAUAUCUACAAUAAAUACGUUUUUUACUUAGAACACCCCAAUAUAUGUUGCUAUACUGUAUUGUAAUCGCUAUCUAACUUGAAGUAAUUGCUAUAUGUGUACUCUUGCGGUUAGGUGAGUAAACUUUUUCUGUUAUUUUUAGAAAAUCAUUUAGGGGAUUGGAUGAUUAACAAUAUCGGCAUUUACAAGAAUCUAUUAUUUUAUUAUGGAAUUGAAAUUUGAAAUCGUUUUUUGUGGAAAUUCCAACUCUGUUAUGUGUGCAUAUGCUCGGCAUACGAUUAGGCCAUCCGACUGUCACAGAGACUCCCAGGGCUAGGGAUCUCAACCCGCCAAUCGAAUCCAACACACUAACAUUGAAAGGGGACUUUACUACAAUUGCUCUACUCUACGAUAUACAAAAUAGGAGUCAUCAUACAGGGAUCUCGGUGGAUCGAUCCCACACUCGCCCACCCUACCUGGAUCCAGUAUUUCCAUUUCUUGCGUUUCUCUGAAUCCCCUUGAGCCACACGCUUCGAAUCACACACUUACUUCAUACCACCUUCCCCCCAAGCUAUACAAACUUAGCAACACAUAUUAGUAUCUACUGUUUACAAAAGAA